AUGAUUACAUCUCCAAAUAAACAAUUUAUCGAAAAUAAAAGAAAAAAAUCUGAUAUGGUUUCAUUAAUUAAUGGAUUAUCAAAAGAGUAACUGAUGCCAAUCUGUAUAGAGAUUCUAUAGAAAAAUCCUGAAUAAAGAAAAUUAGAAGAUAUCUAAGUGAAUUUUUUUUGAUUAAUAGAUUAUUUAAGCUGCUACUAAAGACAUCGAAUUCUUCUAAUAAGUUUAUAAUGAAUAGGGGGAAUAGAUGCUUAAAGAGUGUUUAAAGAGAAUGACUAUAGAAAUGUUUGAGGAAGUAAGUAUGUAACUAUUUUUAGGAUGACGUUGUUUUCGAGUAAGGUGAUAAACCAUAAUCUUUUUAUAUAAUAUUAAGUGGAAGUGUUUCAGUAUAUAUAAAUAAGACCCCAAUAAUAGAGCAUAAAGAAUUAGAAUUAAAUAAGGCAGAGAGGAUAAAGAAGAGGUAAAUUCAGUGUUUUUAUAAGAGAGAUCAUUUUUUACCAAAAAAAUUUCCAUGGGGUAAAGUUUUGGAGAACUUGCUUUUUUGAAUGAUAGUGUUAGAUCAGCCAGUAUUAUUUGCGAUAGUGAAUGCAUUCUAGCUGUUUUAAGUAAAAAGGAUUAUAAAGAUGUCCUUUAAAAGGCUUAAGAAAAUAAGUUAAGAUAAUAAAUAAAAGACUUUCACUCUUGUUUAAAAUAACAUUAGAUUUCCCCUAAAUUAUUAGAUAUCUUAUUUUUAGCUUUUUAGAGUUCACAUUAUUAAUUUAGAUAAGCAGUCUAUUAUUAAGGAUAAUUGAGCAAAUAAGAAAUAUAUUUAGUAUAGAGUGGAGAAUUCGUAAUUUGUCAAAGUAAUGAUGGAUUUUACAGUCCUAAAAAAUAGACAUCUUAAAUAGCUUUAUUAUAAAAAGGUCAAAUAUUUGGGGAUCAUGAAAGUUUCAAUAAUAUUGAUAAAAGAUAAUAGAGUGUUUUUUGCAACUCUGAGAAUGGAAUAGCUCUUAAGAUUUAAUUAAGUUGUUUGAUUUAAAGAUUGUAAACAACAAAUGAAAUGCAUUUAUAUGAAUAAUUGAAAAAUAUUUGUUUAUAAAGAGAAUAAGUUAGAUUAGAUAGACAAUAAAAAUAAAUAUCCUAAGAUGAGAACUUAUUGAUAGAUAUGAAAUAUGUAAAAAAGAGAGAUCUUACUUAUUAAGUAAAAAGAGUCAGAUCAGCAAGAAGGAAUACCUUUAAUAUUAGAAGCCCUCUUUAAAUUGUGGAAGAUGUUAUAAGGAAUAAAAAACUUGUUUAUUAAAAAUUAUACAAAGAAGAUGAUUAUAGAUCUAAUCUUUAAUCAAGAAUGGCAAGCACACCAAGACCAAACAUUUCUUAAUUGAG